CUCUGCCACCAUUACAGUAUUGCCAGUCGAAGUACGUACGGAGCUAGGCCCACAACCGUAGACCUCGCGGAUAAGAACAGCCUCGCGAUGAAUGCCUUAGACACCAUCAUCAUAGGCAUCCUUCUCCUGCUACUCUGUUCCGUGCUCGUUCAUAUCGUAUACAUCCUCCCUCUCGCGUUGCUGGCGAUUAUAGUAUUCUGGACAAACAACGGCGAUCAUGGCCACAUUGAAGCAAGCAAGCAAGGUUUCUCAGGCUACAGGUCUCACAACGCCCACUGACACGCCUGUGGCCACGGCUGCGGAUGCGCCGCCAAGCGAUAGCACGGUCAAAACAUGUACACGCGAGGAACUCAUAGCAAAUAUGAAGUCAAGCCUGAUCACAAUGGGCCAGUCCUUACAAGCGUUAAACGAGAAUUCGGCGAAGGUAUCUACCCUGGGGCCAACAAUGAAGGGCGCCGCCGCCGAAAUCCAACAGCUCCACGAUCGAGUAAAGGCUCAAGAAGAAAAGGAAGACAAAAUAGUAAAAGCCGCCAAGGAUAUGAUCCAGAAGAAGGUGAAGGGCCAAGUCGCCAACGAGAUCCAGGAUCACAUUCGCGAGCAAAUAAAGCUCGAGAUCGCGCUGCAAGUAAAGGGCCAAAUUAACGACCAGAUAUCGAGCCUCUUCCCAAUCACUCUGAGGCAGCAGAUGGAUGAAGCCCAGAAACAGAUUGUCGAUACGAAACAUGCGCUCGACAACUCGAAAGCGAGGCAAGCCAACUCGCUGCUUCGAUCCAGCAAUCUGGACGACCGACUCGCUGCCAUACUGAAGCCGGACGGGACCAGGAGUGACGUAUGGCCGGUCGACUUGCGGUCUCUGUUCAAUUAUGACUCAUUGAUGGUGCGAGUCCUCCUGAGGGAUUAUGGCCUGUUUGCGCAGGAUACACGAGAAGGAAAUCUCAACAGGUUCAUGGCACACGUCGGUGUCCCAUUCCAGCUGGUAGCUGUGCCAAUCACAUAUGAGCCCGGGAGUACCUUGACAUCCCCCAUCGAGCUGCUUCGGACGGCGUGAAUGCAUCGUAUCUGCCAGACGUUGCAUGAGCUCAUGGAUCAGCCUCCGUAUGCGGAAGACAGUCGAUUCUCUGUACUCAUGCGCCGCAGAGCAUUCCUGGAACUGCGUGCCGUGACUUCGGAUCAACUGUGUGCGUUCAAGUUGUACAUUAGUAACCUGUAGGGACGGACAUGCGUCAGUUUGUGUCAUAACAUGUAUAUUUAGUUGAAUGUACUAGCCUCUAGUGUCACGAUCGCGAGCCC